AUGUCGUAUAGGGAGCUAUAUCAGAAUCUAUUCAAUGCACACGUGGUUGCCCCUCACCAUUUAAAACCCCUGCAACCUCCAUAUCCCAAGUGGUACGAUGCAAACGCACAGUGCGAUUAUCAUGCGGGAAUUGUGGGGCAUUCUAUAGAACAUUAUACGGCAUUCAAGAAGCUGGUAAAAAGGCUUAUAAGCAUGGGUGUGGUAAAAUUGGAUGAUUCACCCAAUACAGAAAAUCUAUUACCUGAUCACAACGGAGUGAACAUGAUAGGUGGGAGCAUGAGUAGAAAAAUCAAGGAAGACAUAUCAGAAGUGAAAAUUCCUUUGAGGUGGAUCUGGGAAAAUAUGGUGAAAAAGGGAUUGAUCACCCCGAGUUCAGAGAGAAGUGUCGAAGGGGUGGAAAAUUACUUUAAGGAGGAGGGGAGCAUUUGCACAUCAGAGGCUUCGAAGGUUCCAAGAAUAGUGCAGCAUGUGGUCAUUAUCUCGCGACCCAAGAAGGAUGAGGUGAGAGCACCAGCAAUACCAAAAAUCAUAAUAAAGAAACCUGCAGCCUUUCCUUACCAAGACAGUAAGAAGGUCCCAUGGAAUUACGAGUGCAAUACGACUGUCCCAGGAAGUGAGGCGGCAAAGAACCAGUGUGUGAGUACCAAUCCAGAGUCUAUGAAAGAAGCUAUAAUAGGGGAGCAAAAAGGGAAAAUAGUUGAGCCAGUGAAGAAGGAAGAAGCUGUGGAAUUCCUCAAAUUUUUAAAACAUAGCAAGUAUAAUGUCGUUGAGCAGUUGCAUAAACAAUCGGCCCGUAUAUCUGUACUGUCCUUACUCUUAAAUUCCGAAGUGCAUCGAAAUACGUUGAUGAAGAUGCUAAAUGAGACCUAUGUGUCCAAGGAUAUUUCUGUCAGUAAGCUAGAUCGGGGGCAUGGGUCUACCAAAGCUUUUCAUAUUACUGCACGAUGUAAGGGGCGUAUCUUGCCAGGAGUACUGAUUGACAAUGGAUCAGCUUUGAACGUAUUGCCGUUAUUCACACUUAAUAGGCUACCUAUAGACAGUUCGCACAUGAAAACGUGUCAAAAUGUAAUGAGGGCAUUUGAUGGUACAGAAAGGAAGGUCAUGGGAAGAAUUGAGGUACCCUUACUGAUUGGUCCAACAGUUUAUGAGAUGUUGAAGUUAGUGUCAGAUGGUCAGCUAGUGACAAUAAAAGCCGAAGAUGAUAUAAUAGCAACUGUAUCCAAUAAGAUGCCGUACGUGGAGACCAAUGACGAGUCAGUUGAAUGCUCAUUUCGAUCUUUGGAGUUUGUAAAUGCGGUAUUUGUUCCUGAAUGGAGCAAAAUUAUGGCUCCAAAAUUAUCCAAAACCACAGAGAUGGGUUUACAAUUGUUGGUAGGAAAAGGAGCUUUACCUGGAAGAGGGCUGGGGAGAUAUCUGCAAGGGAAGACUGAGGCUCCAAUGCUGAAAGAAAAGCAAGAUCAUUUUGGCUUAGGAUACAAGCCGGAUAGAAGACAAAUAAGAAAUGAGAUAGAAAAAAGGCAGGAAAGAAGAAUGGCGCGUUUGAAGGGGGAGGAAGUUAAGUGGGAGUCAAUGAUAAUUCCCCACAUAUCCAAAACCAUCGUAUCCGGAGGGAUCAUUCAUCAGGAGAGAAAGAAAUUGGUUGAGGAAAGCAUCGAGGAGACAUUGGGAAAUAUGUACAUUAAUGCCAUUCAUGAGCUUGGGAAUGAAGAGAGAAGUUGGCUAGACAUUCGUCCUUAUGAGCCUGGGAGUAAGGCCAUCAAGGGAAGUGCGAUAGAAGAUUUCUUGGCUAGCAGGGCUUUGGAAGAUUACGAGCCUCUGGACUUAAAUUUCCCGAAUGAAGAUUUGAUGUAUGUGGCUAAUGCUGAAGAGGAUCACCAAGAGAAUCAUUCUUGGAGAUUAAGCUUUGACGGAGCAUCGAAUGCAUUAGGCAAUGGGAUUGGGGCGGUCUUGGUCUAUAGAGCGAAAAAUCAAGACAUUAGAGGUGUACGGAGACUCAGCAUUGGUGAUAUACAAGCUAAGAGGGGAAUGGAAGACAAGAGAUCCUAA